UGGUGCAUUUCGGCUGCUCUUUGCGCCGCUUUCCUGGGCCUGGGGAUGGCUAUUGCUAUUCUAGGACCUACAUUUCAAGACUUGGCUGCAAAUGUGAACAAAAAUGUCAGUCAAAUUUCAUAUAUCUUCGUAGGCCGUUCAGUGGGAUACUUUGGUGGUUCUCUAAUUGGUGGAAUACUUUUUGACUGCAUGAACUCCAAGUUUCUUUUGGGCUUAUCUAUGGUGGGUACAACAGUAGGCCUGUAUGCUAUUCCAUGGUGUAAGAAAGCCAUCUUGUUAACAGCCGUGAUGUCCAUCAUUGGUUUUGCAAUGGGAAUUCUGGAUACAGGUGGGAAUGUUCUGGCUUUGGACACGUGGCAAGCAGAAGCUGGUCCGCACAUACAGGCCUUGCAUUUCAGUUUUGCCCUUGGCGCUUUUGUAGCUCCCAUCCUGGCGAAGAUGGCACUGGGUGGUUCUGCUCUGGGUAGCAGUAUUGAUAACCAGUCAGGUGCGAAUUCUCUUCCUGGUGCUACGUUGUUGCCGAAGCUUCAUUUGAACUGGAAUUUUGUGUGGUCUUAUGCUGUGAUUGGCACUUACCUCUUACUUGUUGCAUUGUUUUUCUUUAUUUUAUAUUUGAGGAGCAGUCCUGUUCAUGGUAGAACAAAACUUUCCAUGCAGAAAUACCAAAUUGCGAAAUACCACCAUGCUCUCGUACUACUUCUUUCUGUGUUUUUUUUUUGGUAUGUUGGAGCAGAGGUCACCUACGGCUCCUACAUCUUUACUUAUGCAAAAACCUAUGCCUUUAUGAAAGAAACGGAAGCAGCAGGGUUGAACGCUGUCUUUUGGGGAACCUUUGCAGCUUGCAGAGGAUUGGCAAUCUGCUUCGCUACCUGCUCUUAUCCUGGAUCUAUGAUCCUGAUAAGUAUCGUAGGCUCUAUUGUGUCGUCACUCUUCCUGGUCCUCUUCAAUGUACACUCAGUUGCUCUGUGGGUUGGUUCCGCAGUCUAUGGUGCCUCAAUGGCUACUAUCUUUCCCAGUGGCAUUUCUUGGCUAGAGCAGUACACCACUGUUCAAGGAAAAUCUGCAGCAAUGUUUGUAAUGGGUGCAGCUCUAGGAGAAAUGUGUAUUCCUGGGGCGGUUGGCUUCCUUCAAGGAUAUUUUCCCACUCUCCCAGUGCUCAUGUACACUGCGUUGGGAGCAGCUGUCAUGACAGCAGUACUGUUCCCUGUGAUGUAUAAAUUAGCGACAUCCUCCGAUGAUGUUAAAUUGAAGGAUGCUGGAGACAGGGAAGUUCAAGAAGCUUUAUUGUCCAACACCUAUCCUGAAGACGAUGAUGAGGAUAGUGAAAUCAGAGAAUGGAAUGAAGUAGACUUUGAAAUAAUUGAGAUGAAUGACACACUAAAGAACUCUGUCAUAGAGACCUCUAAGAAGAUCCAAGGAGAAUUUACUACCACCAUCUCCAGCCAGACUCCUUCAGAUAAUUUGUCAUUUAAUUCUUCUCCUGUACUUGCUGUCAGAUCCCCAAAACAGAAGAGUUCAAAUAAGAAUGAUUAAGUUGUCUGUCUUUAGUGGAAAAAGAUUUGAGGAGAUCAGAAUUUCAACCCUAAGAUAUACUGUAUAUUAUUUCAAUGUUGGUGGGAGGUUUGCUGAAUUCUAAGCAAGGCCUUUUUAUUUUAAAGUAUGAGGGAAGUGGUAACUUCUAAAGAGGAAUGGAACCCCUCUAUUUAACCAUGGGAGUGACUGAAAGACAAAGUAGAAUGUUUCCUAAAUUUAAUAUUUUUUCAGGAAAGUGAAAGCUAUAAUUUGAAUAAACAGAACUUAUGUGUUCUGCUCCAGCAGUCCCCAACUUUUCCAGCUUGGCGGACCAGUGGGGGUGGCAGAUGGAGAGAGGGGAGGGUUUCAUGUGUGUGCCACUUCCACAAAUGCAGC